UUAGUGACGGUUUAUGCACGAAUGUACGCGGACAGGUGAGUCACAGAUCCCGCCUUUUUUAAAAUAACAACCACUAGUUGCUCGAACGGUUUUCUCUUACCCGGUCGUCCGACAGGUAAUUACGGAAUUUCGCGAAAAAUUUCGCGCGAGUGUGGUUAUAGUUUGCAAGCAAUAAGUUUUUGUUUUUCUAGAAAAAAGAAAAAAAGUUGAAAUAUUCGCGACGUUAUUAUUGCCCGACAGUGAUCGUGAAAAUUUACGCGGAAUUCGCGGUAUAAGCGAUAAAUAUGUAACUCGUUGAAUAUGGUUUAAUGAAUCUAUAAUUUUUUUUUUUUAGUUUUUUCAAAAUGUUGUGACACUGUGUUUCAAUUUUUUUCGUGUUGUUUUAAUUUUGAUUUCACUAUAAUGAAAUGUAGUAGAAAUAAAAGAUAACCUUAAAAUUGUACCACGAUGACUUGAUCAAAGUGCGAAAAAAAUUAUCGGGUGUUUUGGUUUUUUAGAGCAUGUCAUCGACGAAUUUAUCAGAACCAAGCACUGAUCCAACCUUAAUAAUGUUGCAGCAAGAACAUCAAUUAAACAACGUAAAUCCGUUCUCUUCAACAUCUUACACCGUAAUGGACGACUACAUGCACCAAGAUCUAUCGCAAAAAAUCGCCGGCUCUGUGAAUUCGCCGCAAGAUCCGUCGUCGGCAUCGUACAAUGUACUUUCUCCAUCUCAUUCACCCACCAAUCCCUAUAGUCAACACCACCUGUAUGAAAACAUUAGAAAUUACGCGCACCAUCAUAAUUACAUUAGUAACUCUAAUAACGAAAAUGAUCUCGUCGUUCCUAUUACGCAAAUGUUACCAGGCCUAAUAAAUCAACAACAUCAAAGAUUACAACAACCAACCGAAGAUAUUAAUGCGACGUGGAUAACCCCAACAGGCAACGAUGAAUUGAUAGGGGGCAACGGUAACACUUUCUUACUGAAUUCGGAAGAUGCCGUUCGCGCAGGAGGCGGUGGACAUUUAGCCAAUUACCAUCUGCAUCAUCAGCAGCAUUUGAUAACCAACGAGGUCGGCAAUAUCGGUAAAAUAACUACUGGUAAUCAACAAAAAUGCAUCAAAGAACAACGUAUCAGAAGACCGAUGAACGCGUUCAUGGUGUGGGCUAAAAUUGAACGCAAAAAAUUAGCCGAUGAAAAUCCAGAUCUACAUAACGCUGAUCUCAGUAAAAUGUUAGGUAAAAAAUGGAGAGGUUUAACGCCUCAAGAUCGCCGACCAUUUGUAGAAGAGGCUGAAAGAUUGCGUGUGAUUCAUAUGCAAGAGUAUCCAAACUACAAAUACAGACCAAGAAGACGAAAACACAACAAACGAACUGGUAGCACCGGAGUUUCACCUUCCGAUAACCAACCAAACCUAUCGCCUGGUCCUGGUAAUGCUAAUAAAAGACCCAACUGCCGCGAUAUGUCACCUGGUCACUCGAUAAAACUACCUAAUUCGCAAUAUCCAUCAUCUCCUUAUCAAAGUGGUACUUUUUCACCAGUGAUGCCUCAACAGCAGCAGCAAUACCCGUACUAUAGUCCAACGAAAACGCCACCGUUUUACCCGAAUAGCGAAAGCCCUUAUACCCCUGUCGAUAUCAAUACGCCGGAUUCGUCGCCUAGCUGUAGCACCGACCAAGAAGCUCAAAGCUCGAUGGAGAAGUCAACGAAAAACAGCAACGACCGACAUACGCCCAAAGAUAAUACUCACCAUAUGGAGGAAGAUAAACGUAACAUCUCGACGCCGGAGAUAUCGCCUUUAGAUCACGAAAAGAACUUCCGGUUUUCUAAUCCGCAGACGUCGAUACAAUGCUGCCAUGAAAAUACCAACGAUAAACUAACGUACACUUAUUCGUCGUCGACGGCUUUAAAAAAUUUAGCUUCUCAUCCUACCGAUAGUUCCUACAACUGUUUUCAUCAAAGGCCUUCCGCUUACAAGCAGUGCGCAACUGGUUACCAUGGAACGGGACAAAACCAUAGUGCAAUAACAGCCAUGGGUGUCGCUAAAGGAAUGGUCAUGAUGUGUACGAACCAGAAGCUGUUGGAAUCGUACGAGCAUAAUGGCAUCGUAACCGGCACAUUUUAUCCGCCCAUCGUAACCACCAAAGAUUUACAAGAUACCAAUUCGCAAAUGUACACUUUGGUCACUUCGAACGCUCUAGCCAGCAAUACCAAUUGCCGAAAUUUUAUGCCCAAUUAUGCUACCUCACCGUGUCGUCAGUCGCAUUCGCCUCAAACCAAUACUAGUAAUAUGUAUCCUUCUUGCUCAAGUCCGGCUGACUCAGCUCAUAAAUCGGUAGCUGAUAAUUACGAAGGAAACGACCUGCGUGAAAAAAGUCAAAACUGCUACGAUAAUAAUUCGGUGAAUUACAAUUCAGUCAUGCCUGAUACCAUGAUGAGAGAUGGCAACGCUCCAAAUCGAUGCGUAGAACAAGAUUACAAAUACAAUAUGAAGUAUUCCGAAUCCAGUCACCUGAAUAUGAACACCAGAAACGAUCAUAUUCCUCAAACUGUACCGCUAGACUCAAAUCAAAACUUUCCCGAACAUUUACAUCAAUAUUUCUACAACAAUUACCAACCACACAACACGGUCGAAUCCGCUCAGCAAAAAUUCCUGCCAAAUUACGACAAAGAGUACAUACCAAUAGAGCAUGCCAACAUCGAAGAUUAUACAUCCCACUGCAACAAUUCAUACAUCAUGAAUGAAGAUUUACAACAACGUUACCAUCAACAGCCAUCGCCCAGCUCAGAGCAUAUUUUGCGACACCCGAAUGCUCCUUUGACGGCUCCAUUAUCAACGCCCUCUCCUCCUUUAUUACCUCCCAAUACAGCAUCCGCUGUCCCUAGAAUAAAGCAAGAAGAAGACUUUAGUGUAAUUUUAGCCGAUGUUCGAAAAACUUGUUAUAGCAGUUGAAUUCAUUAGGAUUAAUUUAAAUUUUCAAUUUUCAUAUACAUAGGUACACGACAAUACGAAAAGAAAAACGAACAUUGACUUGGGUAGGUAUACGCUAUACAAGACAAAAAGACGAAAUGAUCUCAUUUUUGUGUAAAAUUUUUCGUUUUCUAAGCAUAUACAAAGUAUGAAGAACAUUGCCGAUUAUAAUUUUAAGAAAACGUGUAUCUACUUUCAAGUUAUAUAUCUAUUUAACCAUCAUCAGUUUUCUAAUCUUAACUACAAAAUCGUCCUGAAAAUGAAAGAAGAACAUCCAUCUAAUAGGCACCUAAGUAGGUACAUUCGUGUCCUUACCUUUGCUUUAAAAUAGAUUAUAUUCAAUUUCGUAUCCAUUAAAAAAAAAAUCAUUUUAAUCAAAAUAGGUAGAAAUAUUCGGUAGGUAAUAAUUUGUAUAAUGGGGAUGAUUUUCAGUUCAGUUUCGAUUAGACCGUUGUAUUUGAUUUAUUUAUUAUAUCGAUAAAAUCUAGUCCUAAAAUUUGUUGUUAAGAAUGUUACUUGUUCCAAUUUGCCUGUUUAUAUUAUUACCUAUUUAUCGACAAUUUUUUAUUCCAAUAAUUGGCGAAUAAAACUUACGACGACCUUUGUAACAUUCAAAAAAGCAUUAAAGAUAGCCAUAUUAUAAUGUACUUAAAUGAAUAAUUGUAUGGAUAGGUAAAUUUUUUCAUAGAUACUUGCAUAUAGGUACUUGUACCUACAUGCUCGGAGCGAUUUUGAUAAUAGCGAAUGACUGACAUGUCUAAUUAAAAAUGUUAAUUAGUACGAGCUAUGUACUAAUUAAUAAACUUAUCAUAAACAUUAGAAUUUACCUCGCCAAUGUACUUAUUUCACAUUCUUACAUUAUUAAUUGUUGUUAAUUACACGAUUCAAACGUUAAAUUUCAUUGCUUCAAAUAUGUACUUAAAUCAACGUGUAAAAAAUAUUUUAUAUUUAUAUGUUUCAACAUGAAUGAAUAUUCAUCGCAGUAAUUUUUAUAUUUUUAUGAAAUUUUUAUCGUGCUUUUUUUGAAUCGAGGGGGGGAGGGGUUUGUAAAUAUACCUUUUUUGUAUUAUUUAUUUGUAAAAUUCUUUUUGUUAUUGUAGAUAUUUGCAAUAUCGAUAUUUUUAAAAUUUUUGGGUUUUAAUAUAUUAUACAUUAUAUUUUUUUUUCAUGUUUAUGCGUUGGAAAUACAAAUUGUUGUAAUACGAAUAAAAGUUUUAUACCUAAA